AUGCGAGCAGGUGCGAACGAGAGCGAGCGUGCGCACGUUGAUGAGCCGGUGCACGUCCCAGGUAGUGAGUGCGCUUGCGUAGACACAGGUGCGCAGGCAAGCGACGUGCCUGUCGCUGACCCGGUAAGCGAUGCCGCCACCGAGCGCCAGGUUCAGUCGCUACAGAGCGCGCUGACCGCUGUCGGUGUAAGCGUUCCAGUUGAACGACCACAGACAACAGCGCAGCUCUUGGCGGAGCGCUACGCGCUCGACCUCAGACGGAACUCGGGCUGGAGCUCAGACUCGAGCGGCUUGGAAGGUUAUCUCGCUGGCGCCGAAAGCCGCGAAGAUAGUUGGAUGCUCUCUAACGAGACAAUAAAGCACGCGAGCUCGACUCCUGUAAGCGUUGACAACGUGGCAGCACUGCAGGCAGCGGUUGAAGCGGAUGGGUUCCCAGCGGCGACCGGAGACGUUCCCGUUUUCGCUCGGCUGCAACAACUGGCUGAUCACGAUGGUGACGGUGAUGAUGAUGAUGAUGAUGAUGACGAAGCGGAGUCUACUGGAAGGGCACGGAUGAGCGAUCAGACUACCCGGAUCGAACGACGCAAAGCCUCUGGGGAAAGACGUCGAUCGGAGGCGUUUGCCAAGUCACAGCGAUUACUGGUGAGUGAUGCACGCUGCGAAGCGCCCAGUAGCGACUCUGAGCCCGCUGACGCUCACAUCGUGAGUGCAUCGCUUCCGACCGAACUGCGCAGCAACCAAGACGUGAUGCUCCUUCGGAUGGAGCCACCCGAGUCAACGUCACUGGCGGGAUGCGACCCGCAUCGCCUACGCUAUCGGUAUUCGCACCGACGACAAUAUCGUGAGAGCGAGCAUGAUGCUCAUCAGCACCAUCAGUACCAUUAUCAUCAUCGGCAAGAGCAUGAAAAAGUGCCGCAAAAUCGAUGGGAAAUCCCAGUGGCAUCCGCUUGGAGGCGAAUGAUCGGCGCUGGCGGCGUUGCGGCAACAUCGUGGUCCACUGCCGGCACCGGAUGGCUCGGUCCAUCGGACCAGGCUACAACGCCGACGCUCCAGUGGCACCAGGUGCGUCUUAUGGAGGGCCAUACACAAGCGGGACGACGCACUACAAGACGCCUACACCGCACAGCGUCAUGGGCGAGCCCGAUCGGCACCGGUGCGGCACCUGCAACUGCGGCCGCCUCGGGGGGCAAUGCGUAUUCUGCCUUAUUAGCGGGUGCUUUGGGUUAUUUUGCUGUCUCUGGUAACGUGUCAACUAUCCGUGGACGGUUACAGGCGAUCAAGAAGGAGACUGAUCACGAGCUGGCGCAGUUUAUGGCACAAUGCGAAGCAGAACUUCAGCAGGGGCAGGAGACACCCGAGCUCAGCAAAGCUGUUCGCCGUAUGAUGGAUAUUGCAUCCGCCGUGUUGGCAACGUCCGCUGAUGCGUUAUUGGCGGAAACGUUUGUAUCACGGGGCCAUUCAACCGUAAUAGCAUUCAGCGGCAAUCUGCAUGAGUACGUGAAUGAACUGCAACGAAUGCGGAUGCAUGUAAGCUUUGUCUCGUGGACGCAUCGCUCCUCGCCGGUGAUUCACCUCCUCUUCACGCUAUCGAGGCUGACGCGUUUCCUCGAAGCAGCCGCUGAGCGCAUUGAAUUUCGGGCGGAGAGCAACAGCCAGCGCGGGAGCGGCACCCGCCGAACGCGAAUGUCUCAGUCGACUGGGAAGGGUUUCGGUUCGGAGCACAUAGAUCCGGCUGACGCUGCUCAUGCCUCGUCGUGGUCAUCGGGAACCGCGGAUGAGCGUUUUAUAGAGCCGGGCACGCAGCUGUCAACUGCUACAGUAGCGGCAGGCCGGAUAUCGCUCAAGUCGAGCCUGAGCAACCAUGUCGCUGAACCUGCAGCAGGAGCACAGCGCGCAGUGGAAGACUCGUAUGCUGCAGCGUAUUACGAGCGAACGGAACCUACAUCGGAAGCGCAGCGCGCACUGGAAGACUCGAAUGCUGCAGCACGUGUUCAUGAACCGGCGCCUUGGGCCAAACCGCAGCCUUCGAUAGCGGUUGCACGAGAUGCUUGGACGUUUCCGCCGCGUCGUUGUGUUUCCUCGGUAUGCCUGUCAUCCAUGGAAACGAGGCCGCGCUCGCCACCGAACUUGGCGAAUUCAGAUGUGCAUUUAUUUACGAGCAUACGUCCACGACAACAUGCACGCGAGACAGGAGCACAAGGCGUUGCUCAAGCGACUACGAUGCGUCUGGGAGUCGAACGAGACCCCAAUAGAAUCGCAGUGCUGGCGCCUGCGACGCAUCUAGAAAAGUCGGAAGCAGACACGACGCAACUGCGCGCUGAACCCGACGACGACGACGACGACGACAAGUCGCGUCACACGCAACGCUUGACAGAACCGAGUUCUUCGCAGACUCUGGUACACUCGGGGAGCAGCAACGCCCCCGGGUUGCAAGCAGCAGCUUCGGAGGCGACGCAGCGUUCCACGCCCGCCGAGCGUCCAUCGCUGCCUGCUGGGGUACUUGCGACCCUGCUGACUGGUAAGACACAAGCUCAGCGAGGCUACAGCUCUGAUACGGUCGCGCUAGCUGCCCGGAAUGAGGCGAUUCAUGUGCAUCCAGUCCGAGCGAUGAGAGCGCUGCAAACCACUGGUCGUGAGGGAAACCUUUCGCUCCGAGUCCAUGGGCCAUUCGACGUCUCUAACCUAUCUGAAAAAGGAGCGCCCGCAGCAGAAAACAACACCAACAACAACAACAACAACAACGAAACCAAUGAGCUAGCGAAAGUGCGAACAACAGAAGCCGACGCUGGCGGCUUGCACCGACCAGAGAACACCACCGCGAAACUGAUCCAGCUACCUGCGGCUCGCUCACAAACCCCAGUUUCACUACAAACCGCGAUGCCGCCAUCCCCGUGUUCUGGAGCGGAAUUCAUUUCCAACGAAGACGAAGAGGCAAUCGAGAAGGACGCGGACGCCGUGGAAGAAAACGAAGAAGUCACGGAUCCGUAUGCCUAUCUCAUUUGCCGCAUCUGUGAGGAAGUCUACCCGUGUGAGAUCUUCGAGGAGCACACCAAAUGCUGUGCAGCGCGAGCGCGUGCAGCGGUGCUCAUUGCUGCCUGCGAUAAGCAGCUCGAGAAACUGGGACGACACGGGGCUCGCGCAGCGACCUCUUCAGCGUUCACCGAAGCACCCGCGGGCGACGUGUCUACUGCUUCUGUGGACAGUGCGCAGCAGGCGCUGCUAUCGCGCGUGGCAAAACUCUGCCUCUACGCCGCAGCAGUUGAGCCGUCGGAGAGUUGCACGAGAAUCAGCAGCUUUGUCCCCGCUGACCUGGAUGAUCUCGAGAAUCAGAGCUAUGAGCAAGUUCGCUCUUGUUUACGUCUGCGAACGGAUUCAGAUAUGGCAAGCUUUCGUCCGAAUCUAGAGGAGAAUGUUGCACGCGCGAAACUGGAAGCCGUUCGUUCUCGGUUGGAACACGCCCUGCAAGCCUGCCAGGCAGCGACUGCCAAUACGACUAGUUCGACGAUUUCUCGCUGGUGUCUGGCACUGGUCGAACGAGCACACUGCCUGGUGAGCCAAAAGCUUGAAGCGCUUUCCAUGAUACCGGCAGUGUUUGAACCUGCCAUUGUCGCCGCUGACGACGGCAGCCUCGAGUCGGGAGCAUUGACCAGUGAUCUUCGCAGAGCCCGCCCAGCGGAGGAUGUCUCCUGCCGCACAAGCGAAGACGCUGCCGCGGAUGAUGAUCAUGCCGGUGCCGGUGCCAGUGCCGGUGCUGUUGUUGAUGAUGAUAGCGCUCGUAAUUGCGAUAUCGCUGCUGCUGCUGCUGCUGCUGCUACGGUUGAGCCUUGUGAUCACGUUCACUGGAAAACACGUGAUGCAGCCGAUUCCGCCUCUCCAUGCGAUGCUGAGCGUGGCCUCGUCUCUGAGGAUGUACAUCGCGGUGGCGACAUCCGCUUCGGCAACGCGGCGAAGACCGACACUGGUGUCGCGUUUGCGGAAGCAGCGCACUCCUCCGAUACCGGUUCGAGUCGCCGUCGUCGUCGUCGUCAUCAUCUCCAGGAUGCACUUUGUGAAGCGCACGGCGCGAGUCAAAGUCGGAAGCAGGGUCAGCAUCGCUCGGAUUCGUCUUCGAGUCGCUUGCGGUCUUCCGGGGGCGCUGAAGUGUCCCCGUCCCGGCAGUCGCUACGAGUGGGUGCGAGUCCGCAUCUGCAUCCGGCGGUACCCAGUAUUCGCGACUUUGACAUUCUUAAGCCAAUCUCUCGCGGGGCAUUCGGAAGAGUGUAUUUGGCGUCCAAGAAAACCACUGGUGAUCUCUACGCAAUCAAGGUGUUUCAAAAGUCCGAACUCGUGCGCAAAAACCUCGUUCGACGCGUGCGUGCAGAAAGGGAUAUUCUGGCAACCAUCCAGAACCCGUUUGUAGUCCGCUUUAUUUGGUCGUUCGAGUCGGCACGCAAAUUGUUUCUGGUGAUGGAGUUUCUGCCCGGGGGUGACCUUUUCUCGCUCUUGAGCAAUCUCGGCUAUCUCGAUGAAGAUGUUGCUCGACAAUACGUAGCCGAAAUCGUACUCGCUUUGGAAUAUCUGCAUCAAGCGGGUAUCGUUCACCGUGAUCUCAAGCCGGAUAACAUUCUCAUCGAUCGGGAUGGACAUAUCAAAUUGACCGACUUUGGUCUAAGCAAACAGGGGGCAUUGGAUCUUCCGCACAGCAGUCCUGCGAGCACGAGAGCGAGCCUGUCGCCGGGCACCGACACCCUGUGGCAACGGGCACUAUCACCGGCGGGGUUCGUUGCUCGCUCCGCCAAGGCACCGGUCAGUGGUUUGAGCGCCAUCUCCGGUGCAACUAAGCCGCGGUAUGAUACAUCGGUUGGUGCGGGAGCGAUUGCUGGUGCCGGUACUGGUCCUCAACAGAUGCAUGGAGCAUCGGGAGUACCCUCCAGUCAGUUGUGCAUGGAUUCCAUGAGCGUCAGCGUGAUGUCUGGAUCGGGUUCCGAGGUCAGGACCCAGCGAGGCUCGUCCACAGUACCCCUGCAGCGUGACGUGGAUAUGCGUCUUGUGGACACGACCACGAGUUCCGUACAAGCUGGCACACGCACAGCCGGGCGACAAAACACCCUAACAGCGUCGGAUGCACGCGGUCAGUUUUCGGCUGCUGCGAGCACUGGCGGAUCUGGGUAUGCCGGUCCGUUUGAGAGCCACACAGGGCACUUGUGGGCGAAUGGAGUCAGAGGUGUCCGUUCUCCGUCACCUCAGACGUUGGCAACCGAGAGUCAAUCGGGUAGCCCGGUUGGCGGCACCACGGUGGUCGCACCUGUGGAGCCGCCGCUGGGCACUCCCGACUAUUUGGCUCCCGAGCUGCUGCUGGGAACGGGUCACGGUUUCGCUGUGGACUGGUGGGCUCUCGGUGUUGUCCUCUUUGAGCUCCUCGUGGGCAUCCCUGCCUUUCACGCGAGCUCUGUGCGUGGCAUCUUCUCGAACAUAUUGUCGGGUCGAAUCCAGUGGCCUGACGAUGUCGAUGAGGCCAUGAGUGCCGAGGCACGUGACCUCAUUCAGCGUCUUUUGGAGCCGGAUCCCUCCAAAAGACUGGGUGCUCGUGGUGCAGCAGAGGUGAAAGCCCAUCCCUUUUUCCGCGAUGUUGAUUUUGAGCAUGUAAGGAAUCAGCCACCGGCUUUCGUACCCCAGUUUGCUGCCGCCGAUGACACCAGCUACUUUUCGUCGCGCAAAGCGGUCGGAUCGCUCUCUCCUGACGACGAGAGCACCCAGAAACUAAUGAGAACGCUUAGCGAGCACGGCCUGGGCGACGUAGAACGAGCAGAAGCAUUGCCGUUGCUGGUGACGGCCUCGAAGUCGCAUGUUGCGUCCGUGCCGUUGUCGUUGUCGUCGUCGUCACGGAUGCGUGUCCCCGAGACACGCACCGCAGCGAUCGCGUCAUCCGAGGCUCUGCACGCUUCGGAGCCUCGCUGGAGUGACGUAGCAGCGCAUCCUGAAAUGCGACAGGGUGGACAGUCUGUGCACGCUUCGGAGCCUCGCUGGAGUGACGUAGCAGCGCAUCUUGAAAUGCGACAGGGUGGACAGAAGGUCAUGAUGCGCUGGUGCGCUACGGCGGAUUGCUGGCCGCGGGAAAAUCCCACGGAUGGCGACUGGCGUAGCGCCGAUGAGGGCACUGCGGCGUGCGGCAUGCACUGUUCUACAUAUGGGAAAGUUUGUUCCACAGAGCCACUUGCGACCUCGAGCAGCGCGUGCUGCUACGGUGUCUCCAGAGCACCAGCGGCGCCUGGCGGCAUACGAGAGCCGGCACCGCGCUCGUCGCCGUGUGCUGCAUCGGGAGCGCUCGAUCUGGGGAUCCCGGCUUUGCCUGCCGUUUCACAUGAUGCCGAGCGCCCUGUAUUAUCUUCAUCGUCUGUCCGAGAGCAAAGUGCUAUAGAUACGACAUGCGAACACAACGAGUCGGUAUUGGUUGCAGAGCGAGCGUGUCGCUGGAGCGAUGGUACGGCGCUUGCAGGGGUAUCCAUGGAGCCUUUGUCCCGUUCGGGAGCGGAAACUAUGCCGCAGCGGUUGCUGCAUGCAGUGAACGCGGAGAACUCGUCCCUAAGCGACCAGAUCGUGGUGAGCGGCAUCACAACAUCGAGCCAGGCAACAGAUUCGGCAGAAGGCAUUGAGGAUCAGGUCCGAGAUGCGCCAUGCGCUGACGGGCUCUAUCGGCACCGCCCGGGAUGGUCUCUCUCGUACACGGUACCCGAGCAUGAGCUCGAUGCAGACAAGACGCAACGGAUAUCCGCCGAUUGCUCCAUCGCUCACACGACGCGCACUCAGGGGCAGGAGACGCUCUCAGAGGCGACGUCGAUAGCAGGAACAGGCGACGUAAGCACUGACUCCGACGGCGCUUUGGGUAGAGCGACGCAAAUCGUCGCGGUACCGGAUUCGCCUCAUGCCGUGGGAGUCUCGGGGAACACUGGUGCAGCGGCUUCGGCGAUGCCUUCGGAGCCAGCUGGAACUCAGUCGGAAACUUCGCAUCCGGAAAUGGACUGGAAACAGACGGAAGUACCGAGCUGGUCAUCGUCUGCGACUUGCUCGACGGAAACAGGGUGGCGACGCGUCGACAUGCGGACCCUACGCAAUCGACGGCAACGCUCCCGGGAGCAGCUCUUGCAGCAUUGUUUGCGUCGACGAGCGCCUACACGCGGCUGGCUUUCGGAAACAGAACGGGAUCCGUCGGUCAGCACGUCCGCCGAUGAACAGAAUCGAGAACGAUCGGCAUCGGUAUGCACCAGUCCAAGCGUUCUACGUUCAUCCAAUGUGCGUUUGCGUGGUAGCGACGCGACGAGCGUAGCAGUUGUUGCGGCAACAACACCCACGCGCAAUGUUUGGAAUACCAGCGACGGUAUGCUUUUAUUCGAAGAUUCAAGUAGCGACUCGAACCUGUGUAGUGAGGGCGAUAUCGAGAACGACGACGACGACGACGACGACGACGAUUUCAACAACAACAACAACAACGCCGUGGAUCCUUUUCGACGAGCUACGCUAGCGCGUUCCAAUAUAGGACGCGAGGGCAGCGCACCAGUUCAGGCGAGCGCUGGGGUUUCGUCUUCGGAAAGGCCACCAGAAGCGAGUUAUAGCGAUCCGAAUGUGAACCUUGCCAAAUCUGGCCGACGAGCACGCUACAAGGCAAACAGACCCUCAUCGAGUGAAUCGCAAUGCGUGCUUACCUUGGCAGAUCCCGCUUUUUCCGAUUUCUCCUUUCGUAAUCUGGACAGUCUCGAGGCGAUGAACCUCGACAUGGCUCGAGUUAGUCGAGCACGAAGCGCCACCAGCGGUCGGAGCAGUAGCGUCCCCAGCAGGCGUCACCCGGUGGCGUCGAGCUCGGACAGUGCGUCACAGACGUCGCGUUCUGGACUGUAG